AUGUAUUGCAAGGUUGGAGAUCUCUGGACUGGUUUUGGCCGCACUGCAAUCCUAGUCACUACGACCUUCAUUCUCACCACAGCACUCUACUUCAGCCAGGCUCUGCCUUUCGACGUCUCAACCCACGAGAUGACCGUCACCCACAUUCUCCUGGUCUCUUUCAAACCGUCUGUUUCGCAGGAUACCGUUGAUUCGAUUUGCAAGCGAAUCAUUGCCUUCAAGGAGACUUGCCUUCAUCCCGACACGGGUAAACCCUAUGUCCUCGCCACAAGCGGUGGCAUCAACAACAAUCCUGAGCACAGCAACAAAAAUAUGACCCACGGGUUCAUCAUUGAGUUUCAGAACGAAGCUGACCGCCAGUACUUCCUGGAUGUUGACCCAGCCCACAAGGCAUUCGUCGAGCACAUUGACCCAAACAACAAUGAUUUUCUCACGCUAGAUUUUACAGAUGGCGUGUAUGGCGCCUAA